UCGGCCAGCAACCCUUGGCUGUCAGCUGUCACUGGCUCCUGUAGAAUUAGGAAAGGAAGACGGCUUUUCUCGCUUUAAUAUGACUUCGCUGGCAUGGAUUUCUAUUGCGUGCAUUGCUCUUCUCCUGUCUGCUACAACCAGUAACCACGUUACAGCUGUGACCCUUACCGCUCUUGUUGGGACUGAGGUACUGCUUCCAUGCCAGAUAACACAAAGCAACUCAAAUUUGACACAGAUCCAAUGGAAAAAGGUCACUGAGAAUAAAUCCUUCGCAGUGUAUAAUCCUAAAUUCGGGAUAUCAGUCCCAGAUGAAAGGUACUCCAGUCGGGUCGUUUUCAGAAACCAUUCACCGCUGGACGGAUCAAUUCUAUUGAAGGCUCUGGAGAUGGAGGAUCAGGGAAUGUAUAUUUGCGUGAUCAAUCUAUUCCCUCAGGGAAUAGAUAAGAAAGUAAUGAAUCUAACGAUUUUAGCAAUUCCCAAUAACAGGGCGAUCCCGGUUCCUGCACGGACUGCUGAUUCAGAAGUGCCAGUGGCAAAUUGUACUUCAGCCUACGGGAACCCAGCAGCCGAGAUCACGUGGAUUUCCGGUUCCCAUGGAAACUAUACAACAACCCUGAUUGAAAACAACAAUGGGACAGCAACUGUUAUCAGCCUAUACAAGAUGGCACCCAAUGACUAUGAUGAUGGUCAAACAGUAACGUGUAUUAUCUCCCACCCAGCAUCAAACAGCACAGAUAAUUACACGAUAAAAUUAUCGAUCCUCUAUCCACCAGAAGUGACCAUAACAGGUUAUGAUGGCAACUGGAGUGAAAACACAAGGGAUGUUACCCUCAAUUGCGAGGCCAAAGCCAAUCCCCCAGCAACAAAUUACACUUGGUCACGGUUACCAGAAGGAGUGGAGGCUAGAAAUGCAAGUGUAUUCAUAAAGGAAGUGAGCAAUUUGAUGAAUGGGACCUGGACCUGUGAAGCUACCAACUCAUUUGGGACAGGGAAAGGCAAACUGGAAAUAAUAUUAAAAGACACCACUAAAGGCAAACCUGAAUUUUUAUACAUGAUCAAAAUAGCGGCUCCUGUGGUGGGUGUUGUUCUCAUUGUGUUGACCGUGGCAUUAAUUUGGAGGAAGCGACAAACUCAAGAAAGACGUGUCAACACCUCUCAAACUCAGCAGGACGAACAAGGGAUCGUUUAUGCCGCUCUCGAUCUUAACGUACUGGCGCGCACUGCUGCGCAAGGAGAGAAGGAGGAACCGACUUUGUAUGCAGAUGUCAAGUACACUCGCUAAGUAAAACAAUUGGAGCAGAGCAUUGCUAAAGGCGGGAGAGAUUGGUCGGAAGUCUAAAACAGGCGCUGGUGAAGCUGCAGCGGUGGGCAACUUACCGAAUAUUGUUUCCAAUGGAACUCGCCACCGCCCGAAAGAAGAAUUUCACCUGAAUGUCGUCUUCCACCCCCCCACCGCGUUGAAAAUCAAAGCAUGUUUUGCAACAGCCCAGCUUGGACAGUUGUCCUGUAUCUCAGCUGACGUUGGGGUUGUUCUAUUCCACAUCGGCCGGUUUCAUUUUGUGGACGUAGAAACGAUGAUAUCUGAAUAAA